AUGCUGGUACUCAUUAGUACCAUGGUGCUCACCGAAUUGUGGGACUACUGUUACAUGCGGUACGACCAGGCUCUGAGCAAGGCGACUCCGCCGAAACACCAGCUAUUGAACAACGACAACAACAAUAACAAUAAGAUCUAUGCUCCUAUUCCAAUUCAGCUGCAGUUAUUCGACAAGAAAUCCAGGUCUAACACGGAUGGACUGCAAGAUUCCGUCAAACUUGAAUAA